AUGCCUUCUUGGUGGCCAAAAUCCUCAUCAAAAGACGGAAAUAAGAAAUCAAACAUAGGAAGUCUUAUCAAUACAAUACACAAGAAGUUUAGGAUUGUAUCGGAAGGGAAAAACAACAGUGGAUCAGGAGAUUCUGCAGGUAAGCAACAUUGUGACAGUAAACAUGCAUCUCGUUCUCCAAUAUCACCCUCCUCACAAGUAUCCCGACGUGAGAGCUUUGGAGAAAGGCCUCAAGCCCUCCCACUUCCGCUUCCUGGACUGCAACAUAACAGAAAACAUCGUGAUGUUUCUAGUAACAUAGAAGCAACUGAAGCUGAAGGCAGCAAUGGUUCCAAAUCAUUUAUGUUUUGCCCCCUCCCUAAACCUCCAUAUGGGCCAGAUCCUGAAGAUGCUGAGGCAGAUAUAGGGACUGCUUCUGUUUCUAGUGAUAAAUCUUCGGAUAGUGAUAAUACAUCAGACUCAUGUUUCCCAAGUCCUCAAGCUUUUGGUCACAAAAGUGGAAAAGCUGCAAGGAACAGUCCUUCUAGUGUAAUUAAGAAGAACCAGUCGCCCAAGUCUGUGAAAAAUUUGAACGAUCCAGUCCCUGCAUCACUUAAGCCGAGUGGCAAAAACUCUCAUCUGCCUAAUUUACAAAUUCCUCGGCAUGAUGCAUAUUUUAGGGAUCCUGACAGCAAGAUGUCCAGUCCUUCCCCAAGUCAAGUGAGACUCUGUGGUCCAGAGUUAGUCAUGAACUCUGGUGCUUGCGCAGAAAACCCUUGUGCGGAUCUGCCUAUGCUUGGGACUGGACAUUGCUCUAAUCCAGGUUCAGGUCACAAUUCAGUUGGUAAAAAUUUGGCUGAUCAAUUCAUGAUUUGGCGGCACAGUAGGGGUAGUCCCGAGUGCUCGCCAAUACCAAGUCCCCGAAUGAUCACAAGCCCCGGGCCCAGCCCCAAAAUACAGAGUGGAGCUGUCACCCCUUUGCGCCCUCGAGCUGGAAAGGCAAUAGAAUUACCCGCACACUGGCCUGAUGGAAAGCAUGAAGGGCACAGGCUUCCCCUUCCGCCAAUAAAUUAUACUUCAUAUUCGACUGAAACAACUCCAGUUCCUCGAAGUCCUAGUCGGGCUAGUCAUGGCCCUCGCUGGAAGAAGGGGCAGCUACUUGGCCGAGGAACAUUUGGUCAUGUGUAUGUUGGUUUUGAUAGUGAAAACGGCGAAAUGUGCGCAAUGAAGGAGGUAACACUAUUUUCCGAUGACCCAAAAUCAAAAGAAAGUGCUCAACAGCUACGGCAGGAAGUUGCAUUACUAAGUCGUUUGCGGCAUCCAAACAUUGUACAAUAUCUUGGUUCUGAAGUGGUAGACGACAAACUGUAUAUAUAUCUGGAGUAUGUUUCAGGUGGUUCAAUUUACAAACUCCUUCGGGACUAUGGUCAGUUAGGCGAGGCUGCAAUCCGAAGCUAUACUCAGCAAAUAUUAUCCGGUCUGGCAUACUUACAUGCUAGACAUACAAUUCACAGGGAUAUUAAAGGCGCAAAUUUAUUGGUUGAUCCAAAUGGGCGAGUGAAGUUGGCAGAUUUUGGAAUGGCCAAGCAUAUUUCUGGACAGCCGUGCCAUUUAUCAUUCAAGGGAAGCCCUUACUGGAUGGCACCAGAGAUUAUAAAGAACUCAAGUAGCUGCAAUGUAGCUGUGGAUAUAUGGAGUCUUGGGUGCACCAUUUUGGAGAUGGCCACAACGAAACCACCUUGGAGCCAAUUUGAAGGGGUUGCUGCUAUAUUCAAGAUUGGUCACAGCAAGGAGCUCCCCGAUAUGCCCCAAAAUCUCUCAGAUGAUGGUAAGGAUUUUAUUAGAAGGUGUUUGCAGCGUAAUCCAUUAGAUCGCCCUUCUGCUGCUCAGCUGCUGGAGCACCCAUUUGUAAAAAAUGCUGCACCUCCGCCAAUGCUUGUGCCAUGUCUACAGCCUUUACAAACAAUGCCAUCAGUACAAGCUUCAGCAAUGAACUGUAUCUAUGACACUGUUAUAGCUAUUGAGAGCUUUCCUGAGACCAGAAUUGAUCUCAAUGCUAAUAAUGGUUAUGGACAUGCCCAAAAUCCUCCACAUUUGGACAGAAAAGGAGCAGCGAGAAAGCAUUCUAGAGGCCCAAACAUAUUUUCAGGCUCCAGUAAUAAUGCUUAUGUUCCGCGGAAUAUACCAUUACCAUCAGCAGUUCCACAGCCUACCAGCUCUCUGCUGCAUCCAUCAUCACCUUGGCAUCCGACUCCAAUGCUAUGUGCUUCCCCGGGUGUAUCCAGGGUUCUUACAAGUGGUCGUUUGCAUGAAGGCAUGGCAAUGAAUUCCAGGUCCCAGGAGAGUCUUAAUUCCAAUGAUCGCAUGUCCUACAAAGAGCUGCAACCUGAACUAUUUUGA